CCAAUGCUUGUGGAGGGGUCUAGUAUUAUGCCCUUGUGGCUCAGCUAUAGGUUGGAUAAGACAACCGGUUAGCCCAGAGGGUUGGGCGGGAUUGAUGCUUGCUGCUGCUUUCGCUUAUCCUCCUGGCUGCUCCUCUGUGUUUCAGGUCCAGUCCCCAAGGCUGGCUCUCUUCCCCACAAGUUGUUGGCAUUGCUGACAUAUCAGUCACAGUCAUAUCUUUUACAUAUAUAUAUAUAUAUAUAUAAUAUAAGUGAGGAAACCCAGCAGCAGUUAACACUGGGAGGGAAUCAGGGCUUGCAGAGUGGUUUGAAUACAGCCACCACUUGCAGGUUGCUGGAAAGUUUCUCAGUUGCUUCCCACAGCCUCUGUGGUUGGGUUACGUCACAACUCUCCUCCCUAACUCUUUAUUUUCUCUUUUUUUCUCUUCCCCUCCCUCCAUCUGAGUUUUCUACAAAGCUGCCUUUCAGCAGCCCUGCCUGUUUCUGAAGCAAGCAGCCUGGGUCUUUCAUGGCUGGGUGGCAGCAUGGACCGGCUGCUCCUGCUGAGUGGGCUGCUCUGGUGCGCAACCAGCAUCCUCGUGCUCUCUGGUCCAGCUGAAGAGGUGCUAACUCCUGGGAACAUUUCUGCUGCCAGAGACAGCAAUGUCACCUUGCACUGCUGCCUGGCACUGUCUGCUGCUGUCAUCUCCUUGGUGAGCUGGAACCGGUGCAGCGGGGCUGAUCUGGUGGUUUACCUGAACAAAGGCACGGCCAACAUCUGCCCAGCAUUCAGGGAAAAGAUCUCUCUGGCAGCAGAGUAUGGGAUAACGCUCCACUUACUGGGACUCAAUGACACUGGGGAUUACUGCUGUAAAUUCCACACCUUCCCUUUUGGGAUAUAUGAAGGCAGGAUGUUCCUGGAAGUGACAGCAGAAUCAGCGCAGCCUGCCCUUGGCACCAUCCAUCCCUCUGUAAUCACCUGCCUGACAGGAGGAGCGCUCUGUGCUGCGUGUCUUGUCUUCUGGCUCACCAGGGCCAAGAAAAAAAUGAGGACGAUCCAUGUGCCGUCACCUAUACCAUGGAGGGUGCUUUCAAGGGAUGCCCGGGGACCAAGCCUUGUCCAUGGUGCCACAGCAGAGAAGGGGGCAGUGGCAGCCCUGAGUACGAGUGAGCAGAAGGGGGCUGAUAAUAAGCACAAGUAUUUCAACGUCUUGCACUACAAAAGCCACGCUGGUAGCGUGAGCACAGCAGUAAAAAUGGCUGAUUUGGCAAAGUAGGAGGCAGGAGAGGCUGAGAGGGGGGAGUGAGUGAGCAUGAGGUCAACCCUGUUGAACCUGCCAUCCUUGCUGCAUCUUGGGCACCCCACUUCUCCCAGGCCUCCCAGGUAAAAGCCAGUCAAGAGGUUGGGAGAGGGGUUGUGGUAGAAGCACAAGAAGGAGACGUUUGGUGGAAAUGAAUAGGACAGUGAAACUAUUGUGGUACUGGCUGAAAGGUGAACAGCCCUUUAUCUGGCAGGACAUUUUGCAAGCGAUGGCAAAUCUAGCCCAUGUCCAAGGGAUGCACAGCUGAACCUAGCAUUGCUGUGGAUCAGGGCGUCGUGAAGAGAUGCAUAGGCAGCGAAAUGCUGACAGUAAAACCACACCACUCCUCUGCUUUGCUUCUCCUGAGGUUGCUCCUCAUUACUUUUGCACCUCUUUUUGGGGUCUUGCAAAGGUUCCUGAAAGGCCUUAUCAAAAAAGCCCAGACAGACUGGCAGUGAGCAGCCUUGGGAGGGUGCUCCUUGCUGCCAGGAGGGCGGCAAGACAAGGGACCGCCACAAACGGCGGAGGAGCAAGGCCUCCUAGCUGGGAGGUCAGGCAGGACUGAGCCCAGUGGCUCGACUUCCCACCCCACUGCAGCACGGCCACCGUGCAGUAGAGCUACCAGGGGUCUGCGGGACCAGUGGCAGUCUUGUAUGUGACACCCACCUUCCAUCUUCUCCAGAGAAAAAUAAAUGCACAAAGACACCUGCCACAUUCUUUUGUCUUU